AUGGGUUCAUUCGAUGUUAAACUUGUUAUACUGUCUCUGAACUUGCUCUUCGUCACCCUAUUGGAAGCACGCCCAAAGGCACAUGUGGCUAUUGUAGGUAACGUGCAAAGAGGUAUUCUUACGAUUCAUUGUUAUUCUGGAGAUGAUGAUCUCGGAAUCCAUGAUCUCGCCUACAACCAGUCUUUUCCAUUCAAUUUUGUGCCCAACAUUUGGGGUAGUACCAAGUUUUUUUGUGACUUCACCACUCAAUUCGGUUCAGGAAACUAUGCUGUUUACGAUAACCUAAUGCAAUCUCAAAGAUGCGGUUAUGAUUGUGUGUGGUACAUAAGGGAGAGCGGGCCAUGUUUAAUGCUAAAUCCGGAUAACAAACUGUGGUGUCAACCGUGGAAGAAUCCACGCAAAUGGUUGGACGAAACACAUCAGAAUUGA